AUGGCGAUAAACGACGAUCUACCUUCUGCCAAGCCAGUAACGACGGUCAAUGUUUCAUCAUCUUCCUCAACAUCAUCAUCAUCUCCCUCGUUAUAUCGCCGUCGAUGCUCACUGCAAGUGGCAACAAGUAAUAGUGCGACCUUCAUUCAAUUUCCUAACAGUGCGCGUCAGUCGCUAUCAUUCAUUCCGGUCUGUCGACCACGAACAAGUCACUCUUCGAUGCGUGUACCCUCGCAAACAACGGACACUCAAUCGCUAUCAAAUCAAUCGAAAUUAUCAGCUAAUGCCCCAUCGUCUAGUAAUAUUAGCGAUGAACAUAAACGUAGUCAUUCACAUCAUCGUAUCAAUCCAAUUCUGAACAACCCUCUUCUAAAUCACCGCAAAGAACAACCUAAAACACCGCCGAUUAAAUCUCAAGAAUAUUCCCGCACAACGAGAUUAUGUCUCUCGUCCAGACCGAUGAAGCAAACAUCGAAUGAAAACUAUUUAUCAACAGCUCGCGCGCGUACGGCUCCACUUCUCGCUCAUGAAAAUGCACCAGUUUCGGACAUUUCCGAUGGGUUUCUUGCACCGAUUGAAAAGAAAACUCCCGACGACCAGUUUCCAUAUGUAGAUACAGUCAAAUACGAUUACAUCACUCGGUGGCUAAAUGAAAUCCGCGCGGCGACCUAUUCAACUGAACCCAACCGCGGCAAGUCCAAACGAACGAAACGACGUCUGACACCAACCUCAUAA